CUCCGCCGCCGCCCGCCCGGGGCUCCUCUUCAGCACCUGUUGCCUUCACUAGCAGCUUUUCCUCCUCCUCUUCCCUGCACUCCUCAGAACCAAAGAAUGUGAAGGGGGUCCAUGGAGGGCUCACGUCCCCGCGCCCCGGGCGGCCACCUAGCGCCGUCGCCACCGGCCUUCGACGGCGAACUGGAUCUGCAGCGCUACUCCAACGGGCCAGGCGUAAGCGCCGGGUCUCCGGGGAUGGGAGCAGUGGGCUGGUCUGAGAGUCGCACAGGCGAACGGCGCUUCCCCUGCCCUGUAUGCGGGAAGCGCUUCCGCUUCAACUCUAUCCUGGCUUUGCACCUACGGGCGCACCCAGGCGCCCAGGCCUUCCAGUGCCCGCACUGCGGCCACCGUGCUGCGCAGCGGGCGCUGCUGCGCUCGCACCUGCGCACGCACCAGCCUGAGCGCCCGCGAAGCCCCGCCGCGCGCCUGUUGCUGGAGUUGGAGGAGCGCGCGCUACUGCGGGAAGCGCGGCUGGGGAGACCCCGAAGCUCAGGGGGCCUGCAGGCCACCCCUGCCACUGAGGGCCUGGCGCGGUCCCAGGCUCCUUCGUCGUCCGCCUUCCGUUGCCCUUUCUGCAAAGGCAAGUUUCGCACCGCGGCGGAGCGCGAACGCCACCUGCACAUUCUGCACAGGCCCUGGAAGUGCGGCCUGUGCAGUUUCGGCUCCAGCCAGGAGGAGGAGCUGCUGCAGCACAGCCUGACGGCCCACGGAGCUCCUGAGCGCCCCCUGGCGGCCACCUCGGCUGCACCCCAGCCUCAGCCUCCACCCCAGCCUGAACCCAGAUCCGUCCCUGAGCCCGAGCCGGAGCCUGAACGUGAGGCAACCCCCGUCUCCGCUCCUGCUGCUCCCGAGGAGACCCCCGCGCCUCCGGAGUUCCGCUGUCAAGUGUGUGGCCAGAGCUUUACGCAGUCCUGGUUUCUCAAGGGCCACAUGCGCAAGCACAAGGCCUCCUUCGAUCAUGCAUGUCCUGUUUGUGGCCGCUGCUUCAAGGAGCCCUGGUUCCUUAAGAACCACAUGAAGGUGCACGCCAGCAAGCUGGGCCCGCUGCGUGCCCCGGGGCCUGGUUCUGGGCCUGCCCGGGCACCCCAGCCUCCUGACCUGGGCCUGCUGGCCUAUGAGCCUCUGGGUCCCGCGCUCCUCUUGGCCCCGGCGCCCACCCCGGCUGAGCGCCGUGAGCCUCCGAGCCUCGUGGGAUACCUGAGCCUGCGAGCCGGCGAGGCCCGGCCCAAUGGUGAGGGCGCUGAGCCUGGGGCUGGCCGCAGCUUUGGAGGCUUCCGCCCACUGCCCUCUGCUCUCCCAGGCCGGGCUCGCCGGCACCGCGCGGAGGAGCCAGACGAGGAAGAGGAGGUGGUGGAGGCAGAGGAAGAAACCUGGGCCCGCAGCAGGGCGGUGGGCCCUCUGGCUUCACUGCCCCCGCGCUCAGGCGAGGGCCCAGGGCACUCUGCGACUGCUGCGGGGGCCCCGGCGAGGUCCACCGCCACGCAGGAAGAGAAUGGGCUCCUAGUUGGAGGGACCCGGCCUGAAGGGGGCCGGGGGGCCACCGGCAAGGAUUGCCCCUUUUGUGGAAAAUCCUUCCGCUCAGCGCAUCACCUCAAAGUGCACCUGCGAGUGCACACAGGAGAGCGCCCCUACAAGUGUCCGCACUGCGACUACGCGGGCACCCAGUCCGGGUCGCUCAAGUAUCACCUGCAGCGCCACCACCGGGAGCAGAAGAGCGGGGCAGGCCCCGGGCCUCCUCCAGAGCCGCCACCCCCUUCCCAGCGGGGUGCAACCCAGUCGUCGGGAGCCAAGCCGGCUGCGCAGCCUGCGACCUGGGUGGAGGGCACAGCGAGCUCUCGGCCUCCCUCGAGCGGCGCCGCGUCGGGGUCCCGUCGGAAGCCCGCCAGCCCCGGGAGGACCCUGCGCAACGGGCGAGGCGGUGAGGCCGAACCCCUCGACCUGUCCCUGCGGGCAGGGCCGGGAGGCGAGGCUGGGCCGGGGGGUGCCCUCCACCGAUGCCUCUUCUGUCCCUUCGCCACUGGAGCCCCCGAGCUCAUGGCCUUGCACCUGCAAGUGCACCACAGCCGCAGGGCUCGGGGCCGCAGGCCGCCCCAGGCCGAUGCAUCCCCGCCCUAUGCCCGGGCACCGUCCGGAGAGACCCCUCCCAGUCCUCCGCAGGAAGGGGAGGAGGGCCCCGGGCUGUUGCGUUCAGGAGAGGCUGGGCUGGGGGGGCAAGAAAGGUAGGGAGCCCUCUUACGGGCUGUUAGCUUAGUGAGUUUACCCCGCAGGAGCGGGGCCGCGCUAGAGGUAGUUGGGUAGAGCAGCCAGCAGGGGGCAGCGUGGGACCCAUAUCCCAGCCCCGGGCGGACCAGAGGUGGAGGGGGCAGAGGGCGUUAGGAGGGUGGGUGGGCGAUACCCACCCAGCCCAAGAGAGAGUCACAGUGCCUUAGAAGUGGCAGGGGUGAGGAUCAAAGAACGGGGUCCCAGGGCUGGCAGAGAGGAGUGUUCCUGGUGAGGGGCAGCUUUGCCAGUCUUUGCUGGUCCAUAGGCGUGAGAGUUUAUUUUUGUACAAUGGGUGGGGGUGGGGGCACUGUACCCUUCUAGCCCCUCCAGGGGCCCUGUAGACGUUGCUAUUUUUGGUACGAUUCCUGUCAUCCCUGUCGCAGAGUUGUGUCCCCAAUAAACAGGUGUCUUGAGGCACAGGG